AAAAGAUAUAAUUAUCUUUCAUUCAACAAGAAGUUCUACCACCACUGUACACCCAUUACCCCAAACAUUGCACGUCAUUACCAUUGAACUUUUAUUUCUUUUAGUAUUUUUUGUUUCUUUCGAUAUCAUCUCAAAUUAUCAUGCAAAUAUUAAAUAUACAAUUUUUUUUAAAAAAAUAGAAAACCAAAGCUCAGAAUUUAUCGAAAGAGACAAAUUGAGAGAAAGGAGAGAAAAAGCAUAUCUAGAAGGUGGAAUUUGGAUAUAGAAAGUGUAGAAAAGAGACAGGAUGAAUCUGAAAGAAGGGGAGUGCGGCGAGGUAGCCUCGACGGCGACAAUAAGGCAGAACGCAGAGGAAUGCGCGUCCAUGAAUAGGCGGAGUAAUGUGGCGGUGAAUGGUAAAUCAGACGGCAAUGUCAAAGAGAGAGGAAGAGACGACAAUUGAGUUUCCAUUGGUGAUGGUUGAAGAAGGCAGAAGGAGGAGGAUUGCAACCAAUGAGAAAGGAAGAGGUGGUUGUAGAAUCUGAAAGAGAAAGAGGAAAAAGAAAGGUUCAGGGAAAUAGGGGGACACAUUUUAGAAAUUUAAAAAUUAAAUAAGGGUAAAAGAGUACAAAAUUAAUAUCUCACAAGUUGUGCCUCACCAAAUUCGAGGUACACAAAUUUAAUAUUUAUGUGUCCAUUCGUGUCUUUCGAAAAUCUGUAUCUCACCAAAUAAAUAGCAGACGUGUCACGGUGUCUAUAUCUAAUUGAGACAUCAACCAAAUGCUUGCUCAAAGACAUUAACAUCAUCAUCGAAAGGAGCCUGGACAUCAACAUCUCUUUCUUUGCUUCCUUUUUCCACUUAGGAAGCUUUCCUAGGUUAUUUUGCUUCAUGCUUGGUAGCAUCUGUUCCAAAGCAGGAGUGCUCUGUAAUUUCUAUAGUUGCUCGACGAUAGGAAAUUUUUAUCAUUUGUCAGUUGUCGAGAGUAUUCCUAGCCGCUUCACUACAUGUGGUAUCUACCAAGAUCCACACUUGCUUUCGAACAGAACAGAAUUGGUGAGGACAGUAACUGGCAAGGUAGUCGCUGACGCGGUGGAACAGAACUGGCGCUGGCAGAAAGUGGCUACGCAAUGGAGGAAAAAGGCGAGACUGGCGAUGGUGGUUUCGAUUUUUGAAGUUCUAACGGCGGUGGCUGGACGGAAGUUGCGCCAAUGACUUCGAACUCGAAAUUGCGACGACGGCGGUGGCUAGACGGAAGUUUCGUUGGUGGCUUCGAUGACGAUGAGAGGAAGAAGGACCGGAGAAGCUCGAGGGAGUGCUAGAACUGGGAGUUGCGCGUUUGUGGACUGUGGAGAGGUGGGUUGGAUAAUGGUUAGGUUUUCAUAAUGAAAACGGUGCCGUUUCUAAAUAAAUCCAAAAAAUCGAUCGUUUACGAUUCGAUUCGACCAACUGAUUUCUGGCUGGUCGAUUUGGUAGUCCAAUAACGCCGAUGUUUCAAACUUUUGAUUUCACUUUCUAUCUGAACUGUAUUUUUCAUCAAUUUAUGGUUCGAUCAGACAGUUUGAACCGGUUUUAAUUCCUUGAUAAAAAUAAAAAAUAAAUUAGUGAUUGUAAAACACGUGACACAAAAAAAAAAGUAUAGAAUCUAUGUUUGCUCACCAUUUUCUUAUUCUAGAAUUCCAUCCCAGUCAACAGAGGACAACUCGACGUUUCAGACAAACUCAUGGGGAAGUACUGCACCCUCGAGGCACGUGACCUACUUUUUGAGGGCACUACGACAAAACCCCAAUUCAAUUUUAAAAACCGAACGGUAGUGAAAAGUAGUGAUCGAAGAAGGAGAGUUGAGUGAUGAGAAUGGAGAAGCAAAGGAAGGGUGUGAGAUUGGUGCUUCUCCCUUUGCCCUUUCAAGGCCACAUAAACCCUAUGCUUCAUCUUGCAAACAUUCUCUAUUCAAAGGGUUUCUCCAUAACCAUUAUCCACACAACCUUCAACUCUCCAAACCCCCUCAACUACCCUCACUUCACCUUCUGCCCAAUCCAAGAUGGAAUCACUACCCAAAGUGAUGAUUCCUCUUCUUUGAAUCUCUUGCAUCUUAUUAUUCUUCUCAACAUCAGGUGUGUCACACCUUUUAGGGACACGUUGGCUAAGGUAAUAUCCGAUGCAAGAGAUAAUAAGGAGCAUGUUGCAUGCUUGGUCUCAGAUGGUUUAUUUUAUUUCACUCAAGGUGUUUCCAACACCUUUGAGCUUCCAAGGAUUGCCUUGAGAGAGGGUGGAGCAUCUUCAUUUGUUCCUUUUGUCUUAUUUCCACUUCUAAUAGAGAGAGGCUACAUCCCCAUACAAGACUCUCAAUUGGAAGAAACAGUGACAGAGAUUCCACCACUGAAAGUAAAAGAUUUGCCAUUGAUCGACACCAAAGAACCUGAAAAAUAUUACAAAGAAUUAUCCAACCUCGUUGAAGGUACUAAAGCAUCUUGUGGAGUGAUUUGGAACUCCUUCGAGGACUUAGAAUCAUCACCAUUAUCAUAUCUCCGCCAAGAAUUUCAAAUCCCAUUUUUUCCAAUAGGCCCUUUCCACAAAUAUUCAUUCUCGCACUCGCCCUCAUCUUCGUCUUCGUCUUCGUCCUCGUUGUUGACUCAGGACCAAAGCUGCAUUUCCUGGCUAGACAGACACAAACCAAAUUCCGUCAUUUACGUGAGUUUUGGCAGCCUCGCAGCGAUAACCGCCGCAAAAUUCUUGGAGAUAGCUUGGGGAUUAGCCUCCAGCAUGCACCCAUUUCUAUGGGUGAUCCGAAAGGGAAUGGUUAUCGACGAUGGCAAAGAGUGUCUAGAUCCGCCAUUUCCAGCCGGAUUCAUUGACAAUCUUCAAGGAAGAGGGUACAUUGUGAAAUGGGCACCACAACAAGAAGUUCUUGCUCACAAGGCUGUUGGUGCGUUUUGGACACACUGCGGAUGGAACUCAACGUUGGAGAGCAUUUGUGAAGGUGUUCCCAUGAUUUGCAUGCCGUUUUUUACGGAUCAGAAGGUGAAUGCAAGGUAUGUGAGUAGUGUUUGGAAGAUUGGGGUGCAGUUUGAGGGAGAAGUGAAGAGAGAGGAGGUAGUGAAGAUGAUUAGGGGUUUGAUUGAAGGGAAUAAUAAGGAAGGGUCGCAGAUUAGAGAGAGGGUUUUGGAUUUGAAGGAAAAGGCUAGAGUUUCUUGGAAUCAUGGCGGUUCUUCGUAUACUUACUUGGACGCUUUGGUUAAUUUCAUUUUGUCAUUUGAACCAAAACGGUAGGUUCUGUUAGGAAACAUUAAGAAAAGAUCAUUAAUGAUGCUCUUGUUAGAUUUAUUGACAAUUCGAUUCAUCAAAUGUU